AUGCCUCGUCCAUCUGCAUUGGUUCAUACUCAACUUAUUGAAACACUCGGUGAUACAGUAACUUCAUCGAAUCACUACAUCAAUCUUCAUACACAAGCUCUCAUCAACUGGUCACUUGGCUAUCGUUCACGCGCUGCUGACAUAUGGGAAACUAUUCUCCUCAGUUAUCCUUUUGAUAUCAUGACUUUGAGAUUUGCACUCGACACAUAUUUUCAUCUUGGCAACCAAAAUAUGCUACGAGAUUCUGUUGCACGAGUACUACCAAUUUGGGAAUCUUCAUCAUCACAUCGUCCACUCAAAUCGCACUUGUAUGGAAUGUAUGCGUUUGGUUUAGGUGAAACAAACAUGGUACUACGAGCAGAAAAACAAGCUCGACUUGGACUUGAACUCAAUGAACAUGAUGCAUGGGCUACACAUGCACUGGCGCAUGCUGCGGAAUACAUGGGUCAAACAUCGGAAGGAAUCGACUUUCUAAAGAAAACUGACAACCAUUGGCAUCAGUGCGAUAUAAUUGCACCACAUAUCGAUUGGCAUUGGGCAAUAUAUGAAUUAGAACAUGGCAACUGGGAAAAAGCGGAAGAAAUUCUUGAGCAUUGCUUUUUGAACAACAGUGGAAUAGAAUUAAGUCGAUUAAAAUAUACCGAUGCUGCUUCGUUGAUCUAUCGUCUCAAAUUAGCUGGACAUCCAUAUCCAUCGCAAUCGAACUCUCAAUUGAAACAGUUCCUUAAUGUUCAUUCCCGUGAUCAUCAAACAAUUUUUCAAGAUUUUCAUCACUACUUCGUGUUAGAUAAUGUUGCUGAUACCGAGACGAAAAAAGACUUUCUUCGUUCACUCAAAGAAACAGUCGAAUUGUCCGAUACGGAUGCUGGAAACUCCUAUCGUGAAAUCGGUCAACGCAUCUUUGCUGCACUUGAAUGUUUUGACGAAGGAGACUAUGCUCAAGUAGUGGAACUUUUGUACCCCAUUCGAAACCGAACUGCUAUGGCUGGUGGAUCGAAUGCACAACGAGAUAUUUUCACUUUGUUACUAAUCCAUUCGGCAGUAUAUUCGAAUAAUAAUCAACAUCAACAAUUAGCCAAUCGGUUGAUCAAUGAACGAUGUGAACUGCGUGGAUCAACGAAAUCGAGAAUGAUGGAAAACUAUGCAAAUACAUUGCUGACGAACUAA